UCAUUAAUCAGAAAUGCGCAAAGUGUUUAGUGCUUCAGGUUCAGGUUACUCCUACUAUCAGUGUGCACGCACCCAGUGAUAUUGCCAUACUUUCCUACACGCUGCCUGGGGCAACGUUUAUAAAACGUUGGCCGGGAGUGCGUGUGAAGCGAAGCCUGGCAAAGCGUCCGGCAGAGGACGCAUAGGCUGCAUUUAACUCCAUUUAACUGUACCCCUCCCGCCGCGUUUGAACGGAUCCAGCAAUAGUUCUGAAAAGUCGGUGUGCAAGCAAUGUUUUAGGCCUGCCCAGCAGCGAAAAAAAGCCUUUCUGCCGCCACAAUGGCCAACGAAAGCUCUAUUGGGGCGGCUCCUUUGCGUCGAACGGUUUCAAUGCCAACGAGACAUUGAGCUGUCGAGGAUACACCAAACAGAGGAUAUGUCUUGUGGGUUCACUCAAGGAUAACGAAAAAAGUCGUGCAAGCCGCGAAGUGCCAGGGUCUGCCGGUGGUGCAUAGCGAGUCGGGAGCAGAAUACGCUGGUGAUCGAGGCACAGUCUUUGUUGUCGAGCGCUUCGAGGGCCCCUGUUUGAGCAGUUGAAGCAGCGCUCCCUGGUGCUUAGCUCUCUCCUAAUUGUCCAGUGUGCUGAAAGAAGCAUGCCUUUUCCUGAUAAAGGCCGGCCCGUCUACAACCUUGCCAUGGAUGGCUUGGUCAUCGUCUUUACUGGCUUCAAGUCCCGGACUGAACUGUGUGAGCUGCUCCUGCUGUCACACUACAUGGGAGCCAGUGUGCGGGACAAGUUCUCCAGCAGGAAUGUAACACAUUGUGUGGCUGAUUCUGUGACCAGCGCCAAAUACGAGCUGUGUGAUGCUCUGGACAUUCCCAUCAUGAAGAAGGAGUGGUUGCUUGAAGCAUGGGCCCACCGGGAUGAGAAGGAUUUCUCAGUUACAUCAGAGUCCAUGAUGAAGCUUCGCCUGGAAGCCUUCAGGGGUCUCCAGCUGGCCUUCCUUGGUUUUGCUGACGAUGAGCGCCAACACAUGGAAGAAGUGGCCCUCGCAAAUGGGGCUCACGUGGUGGAGCCAACGCUGGCUGCCACUUCCUUGUGGUCGACGACUCCAAUCCUCAGGCCCCAUGGUAGCAGCGACUCCAUUGCGGCCCUCCCUUGGCGCCCCCCGUUCGGAGAGCAAGCGGCGGAAGUUGCGCGAGAGCCUUGCCAGCAGCUGGCCCAGGAAGCUGAGCAGAGCGUGCUCGUCGACCCUUCUCCCCCGAGAGCCCCCGGCACCGCAGGGGGUCUCGGCCAACAACAGGUCUGCUUGGAGCUACUGCAGACCGAGACCAACUACGUCGCCAUUCUGCACUCCAUCCUCACGCUAUUCAAGGCACCCCUGGAGGACCCAAGCAGCAUGCCGGGGGAGCCGCUGCUGGACUCUGCUGAGGUGCGGCUCAUUUUUGGCCACCUGCCACCCAUUUACGAGGUGCACCGCAGCCUACAGCUCCAGCUGCAGGCAAUGCUGCGCACCUGGUCUGACGAUCACGCAGUAGGCGAAGCCGUGUUGGCACACCGUGAGGCGUUUGAGAAGGCCUACCCACCCUUCGUCAACUCCUUCGAGCGUGCCAAAGAAACCCUCGCCCAGUGCGACCGGCAGCGGCCUAGGUUUCACGCCUUCCUCAAGAGGUGUCAGACCAAGCCUGAGUGUGGCCGGCAGACUCUGGCAGAGCUGAUGAUUCGCCCUAUUCAGAGGCUGGGAAGCAUGAUCCUGCUACUCAAAGAAAUUCAGAAGCGUACACCCAAAAAUAACAAGGACUCUGAAGCACUGGAAAAAGCUGUGGCUGCGCUCAACCAAAUUAUGCUCGACAUCAAUGAAGGAAAACGCAAGACGGAGAGCCAAGUGGCCAUGUUUGACAUAUUCAAUGACAUUGAGAAGUGCCCGCCCAACAUCCUGUCUGGCCACCGGUACUUUGUGACUAGCCUGGAUGUGGUGGAGAUAGGUGAAGGGGGCCUAAGCCGCAAGGGCGAUGCAGUCUCCCUGUUCCUCUUCUCGGAUAUCUUGGAGGUGUGUCGGCGUCGAAGUCGGGCUGGGCUGACAUCACGCAGCCCGGCCUCUUCCACACUGGGCCGUUCAGGUUUUCCCAAGACCUACAAGCACAUAGUCAUGGUCCACCUGUACGAUGUCAAGCGAGUGGUUGAGCUCACAUCGGCUGAGGACAGUGAUGUGAAAGAUGCAUUUGGCCUGGUGCUGCGGCUGCCUACGGAACCACGCGAGAACCUGUACACAUUUGUGGCAGAGCAAUCAGCGCCCUGGAGGGAUUUCCUGUGCACCCUGUGCCAGCACAUGGGAAAGGUCUACAAUGUUCCAGACCAUUCUGCCUUCAUGAAGAAGAUGUCUGUACAGGAGCUUGGCUUGGACCCCAGUUCCCUCCAGACAACCCUGGCAAAAGCACUCAAGUAUGCCGCCAAGAAAGGAGAGAAGCUUUCCCGUGCACUGUCCAUCACACGGCGAGCGGCGACACCACGGCACCGGUUAAGUCGUGCAGUCUCAACAUUCAUCAGCCCACUUAAAUCUGUAACCAACCAGUCCUCACCACUGCACGGUAUGCGGCUAGCCUCCAGUUCAAACCUCAACGAUCUUGCCGACGACUCGCCAUGCAGCAGUCCUCAACGCAGUGCCCCACAAGUGCGAGUGAAGAGCGAGUCCUAUGGUCCGUCUACAUCAAAGCGUGCUUAAAACUUGCAGAACUUAUACGUUAAAGUUUUUAAUCAGUC